AUGCCACAAAUUAGAGAAAUACCUGGCAUGUUUUAUGAUGAAGAAAGAGGGAAGUACUUCAAGAUCACAAAUGGAAGCUUAAGAAAUGAUUCUAAAAUUGAUAAAUAUCACAAUAAUGAAGUACAAAAGGUGAAGAGACAGAAACGAUACUAUUCUGAAAGAGACAAGUAUGAUAAGAAUGUGACUGAUUUGCAUAGACUCAACUUAGAUGAAGUUGAUUCAGACCGAUUUUUGAAUGCUAGAGAAUAUUACAGCUCACAAGUAUUAAACGAUGACAUAAGAGACAUAUUCAAGAUUAAAACAGGACAAAUAAACCUUUCCCAUGACUCUCUUUCUCGUGAUAGAAUAUCUUGGUUAAAGCAAGGGAAACCAAAGGAAAUAGUAACACGCGAAGAACAAGCAAUGAAAUGGGGGACUAAAGUUUCCAGAUUGGGUAAUUACUAUUUUAUUUGUUUUUACUUCCUGGCAGAUAAAUUGGAAAUCCAAUUUACUACAGCUACUCGCAACAUUCUUAAUAGUAGGAAAACUUUGGAAUACAAAAUUGAUAAUCCAAUAGAAGAUCCUUAUUUUGUUGAAGAUGAUUCAUAUAUAGAUAAUUUUGUAUGUGAUAAUGCUAAGUUUCUAUCGGGCGUUAAAUUUCAAUAUUUAAGCAUUAGUUAUAUUCCAUAUAAGUCAAAUUCAGUUAAUGUUUUUAAAUUUACAACUGUGCACAUUGGUCAAAAAGAAAUCGAUCAUACGUAUGAUCUCUUCAGGGUCAUUUAUCAAGAAUGUGGAAAAAUACUGAAAGUACGGAAAAUGUUUUCAUUUAAUGUGUUUGACACUAGGGUAUUCGACGAAAGUCAUGCUAUUGAAGACAUAGGGUAUAUUAACUCUAUUCUUAAGUCGGACGAUGCAGGACAUCGAGAAGCUGUGGAAGACUUCUUUAAGGCUUUCAAUACAAAGAAGUAUUUUGAUUUCAAAGAACAAAUGAAAGAUGAUAAGCUGGACCGGACCAUAGUGUCUUUUACUUCUAAGAAUGAAAUCGUAUUUCAAUCGCUUGAAAAUAUUCUCUUGAUUGUUAAGUUCGAAAUGCUUAAUGACAAGAUAAAUUUUACUAGCUGCAAAGCUCAUGAUUUGAAUUUGGGAUUUUAUGGAAAAAUUGAAGGAUCAGUAUUUACCGCUAGACGAAAUGAAGAAUCCGUAUUUAAAUAUCACAACGGUAGAUUUUACUUACCAAUAGAUAAAGAUGAAGUUGUGGUUUUAGAAAAAGAAAACUUGAGAAAGAAUCAAACAAGACAGAUGAUUAAACGAGGAAGUGACAUUAAGAAAUGGUUUGUGAUAGGAGAUAAUACUAUACUUGUUGUAAAAGCAACUUCAAUUUGCAUGCUUCAUUUUAAUAUUAAUGAUGUUGAUUCAAGGGGUAUUGCUAAGUCUAAGUCACUUACCUUAGUCAAAAAUUAUGCCAAUGAUAAUUGUAAUCAAGAUUUUUUAGUUGUCAAAAAUCACUUAAUAUUUAAUGAAUCAACCAUUGAUCUCGUGGCUAUAAAUCUUCUGAGAGUAGAAGAUGGAACAAAUAUUACAAGAUUUAAAAUUGAAUGUGAUGUGAAGGGUUAUUAUAUCGAUAAUUUAGUUGAUCUUUCUGAUCAAUCUGAUGGUAUAGAGAUCGCAUGCCAUUAUAGUCAUCCUACGAUCGCCAAGAAAUAUAUACAAGUGUCAUGUUUUUUAUAG